UACCUAACAGUUUGGAAGAGACUGUAGAAUGGAUUCUGGAACAGUUCGCAGAAUAAUUUCAUUGAUAAGUGAACCACCAACAGAUCGAUGUGAGAAGGAGAUUCGAGAAAUUCUGCCCCUUUUGAUACCAAAGAUAUUUGCUCUUAGCGGGAUGUCAACAGAUACAUGGAUUGAUGUUUUAAAACAUGCAAAAUACAGAAAAUUAAAGAAGAAUAAGUUCCUAAAGAAUACAAUAGGUUGUACUGAUCGGUUAUAUAUAGUGUUGACUGGUGGGCUGUCUGUAUUCCUAGCAAUGCAACAGAGUGUACAUGUAUUACCUCCCAUAGAUGGUAAAGACAGCCAGAUACGGAAUAUAAGACAGUUUGGAUUUAAAGUGGACUCACUUGGUCCUGGCAAAGUUGUGGAAGAAAGUUACAGAUUAGAAAAUGUUCAUAUGAUUACAGAUGCUGAUACAGAUCUAAUGGUUAUCUCAAAAAUACUUUAUGAGAGAACUAUGCAGACCCACAUGGAAAAGGAUUCAGACACGAAAGAGCUAUUUAUUAAAACACAUCCGUUCUUCUCAACGUGGACAGAAGAUCAGCAGAACCACCUCCGGAUGGCUUUAGUAAAGAAGACAUACAGGAACAAUCAGAAAAUUAUGAUUCAAGGAGAGCCGUUUUCUGGUCUCUUUUUUAUUACAAAAGGCCGCGCUAGAUUGUCAGCUCAACCAAGAAAUCAUCCACGACAAUUUGAACACGUUUUUGAAGGAAAGGAUAUGGAUAAAGAGUUGCUGGAAAUAAUAAAGGAUUUAACAGUAACUUUACCAACAGAAAAAGAAGCAGAAAUUGUUUAUAGGACACUCAGUGUAGACAAAGAACCAAAACGUGGAGGAGUUACAAGGAACAUUUGUUUAGAAGGAAGUCAUCUCAAUGUCCAUUUUGAGGCAGCAGAAACCAAGAUGAUGAGAGUUAGUGUCAACAACUUUUUUGACCAUUUUAACCUUGUUGUACAGACAAUGGAACAAUUUGGACCACCAAACUCCUGAUACACUGGUUUUAAACUGUCGUAUUAUGUGAAGUGUGAACGUAAGAAAUGACUGAAGAACUGAGUAAAAGCAAGUGGAAGUUUCGAAUA